UUUUUGUACCCAACUUAAUAUCGUUUUAAAUAACACGCCCAGAUUGCAGUGCGUAUCUCUUUCCAAAUUCGCCACUAAAUUCAAACGGAAUCAAACACACAGGAGGAAUACUGACGGAACGAAUUAAAUCGUAAGGAUGGCGAAGCAUUUUGCACGCAUCAUCAUAUAUGGGGCUCAAUCGGUGGGUCGGGCCUUUGCCAAGGCCAUUCGGCAGGAGAUCGAAGCAUCCCGAGAAGCCGCGCGGCAACGUCAAGCGGUGUGCGGGGGAAGCAGUUCCAUUAAAAACGAUGUGGCGCACAAAGGCAUGACAUUGUUUGAGGCCCAACAAAUACUCAACGUCAAGAAUCUGGACGAUCGUGAAGAGAUACAGUAUAAUUUUGAUCACCUUUUUCGCGUCAAUGAGAAAUCAUCCGGGGGAUCAUUCUACUUACAGUCGAAAGUUUAUCGGGCCAAAGAGCGCAUCGAUCGGGAACUACAGAAGCUUGCGUCCAAUGAUGGUCUAACCAGAAGGCAAAAGGCGGAACAGCAGCAUCAGCAUCAGCAGGAACAGUAGCCAGGCUGGUAUAGAAAAAGGACGUGAGUUCUGUGCUUCCUGUUCGUUGUACCGUUGGCCCAGUACUACUAGGGACAUAGGUACUACUAGAGACCCACACAAAUACUCUGUGUGUUUGUUAAAGCAUUUUUGAUUAAUUUUUGUACAUGCAUGUUUAUUAAACGAUUUUAAGCAUUUAUAGUAUGAAGCAAUACUUGAUGGCA